UCGAAAGCAGUCAAACUUUUGCUAUAAUUCUAUAUCUAUACAAAUUCCUCGACGAUCCCAAGUCCCAACAUAAAACAAAUCCUAUUAUUAUACGUAGUGAGAAAUCCCCUUGGCAAUCAUGCCUUUUUCUUGAUUUGCUCUUUUCUACAAAUCAAUCCAACAGAUAGACCCUAGCACCCUAUACCCUACAAUCAUCCCUCUUUGCAACUUCCACGCCGCCCUCAUGGAAAUAAAUUGAAACAACCAUUUAUCUUGCCUUUUAAACUGAUUAUAAGAUGAUGUUGAUGAUGGCGGUGGUAGUUGUUCUUUAGCAUUGGUUGUAAAUUGUGAUUUGAUAAAGAAAAAAGAAAAAAAAAAUGUGUCAGAUUUUGGAAAUAGAGGGUGGUGAUUUGUUGGUGCCGCCCACAAAUUUUUCUGCUGUUGAAGAUAAUUGCAUUUAUAGAUCUGGGUUUCCUCAGUCCUCCAAUUUCACGUUUCUCCAGUCCCUUAAUCUACGCUCUAUCAUAUAUUUGUGCCCUGAGCCUUAUCCUGAGCAAAAUUUGGAGUUUCUUCGAAUUAACAAUAUCAAGCUUUUCCAAUUCGGAAUUGAUGGCACUAAGGAGCCAUCAGCUAUGUCCAGCUGUGCUAUAACAGAGGCUCUGAAAGUGAUAACUGAUGUCAGAAAUCACCCAGUUCUCAUCCACUGCAAGCGCGGGAAGCACCGAACUGGUUGCCUUGUUGGGUGCCUGAGGAAAUUGCAGAACUGGUGUAUGUCUGCUGUUGUUGAGGAGUACAAACAUUUUUCCGGCACUAAGUGGAGGGAAACAGACCUCAAAUUUCUGGAGAGCUACGACGUUUCAUGCAUAAGGCAUUGUCUCGAGAGCAUUAUCUAUAGGUACUAUGGCGCGAAGAAGAGGCGCUUGCUAUACAGCGAAGAAAGUCUGCAGAAGUCACAGAUGACUCCUGUUCUGUAGAAAGGGAUUAUCCAUCUUAAUUUUUAGCCUGGAUUGGAUAUCCUAUUGCUCUUUAUUCCUUUUAAGUUUCUUUCUUUUUAGUCAUUACACACUGCGUCAGAUUCAUUUAUACACCAAUUUGUUUCGGAUGCUAUAUUUUGCUCUACUUCUUUCUUUCUUUCC